AUGCAGGAGAGCCCCGACAGCCCCUCGCUCCUGAUCGACGACGAUGAACCGGCCCUGAUGACACCCGUUGCGCCCCCGCAGCCUGCUUUGUUUACUCUUCGCCCAUCUCAGUCAGAGACCAACAACAACUCUUCUUCGUGGUCUAUGGGAUCACGCUCAAGGAUCCCCCGCCUCAACAUCACGAACGCUCUCCGACGAGGUUCCAAGGACAGGAACGGCCUCCCCCAGAAGAAGCCUGUCUCUCUCGGCGAUUUGCAGGUCGACAAGAUGAACGACUCUCCCUUCGGUGCCGCCUUCAUCCACGCCCGCAAGGCGCGAUCGUCGCUCGGUAACACUGGACGGCAUCGCCGCUCGUCCAUCACCGACCGCAAUGAGCAGUCAAUCUCCCGCUCCAUCGGCCACAAGUCCGGUCUCUCCCUGUCCCUCUCCGGUGGCCUUCCUCCUCCUGAACUCAGCCAUUCAAACACGUCAAUUUCGUCCCUGUCCACAUCCAGCUCCAGCACUACCCCUCCCAUCACAUCCACCCCACGCUUCGAGGACGUCAAGCCAAAUCCGGAGGUUUUCGAGGCUGCGUCGUCAGGCUUCAGCCUCAGGCAAAAGUUCAGGCCGCGAGACUCUGUCGGCUCCACAUCUUUCGACGAGCAGAAAAUGCCCCCUCCGUCGGUGAUUCGUCCCAGCACGAUGGCCAAGUCGCAGAGCCUGUUGAUCGGCUCAUCCGCCAAACGUGCCCGCCCUCUCGGGAGCCGAAGCGGCCUGGGUGGUCAGGCUGGUGAAGGCAGGGGGUCUGGCGAGCAUGACCGGUUUGACUUCCUGUGCGAUGGUGUAUCUAGCUUCGGCUUCCAGCCCCUGGAGGAGAAGCCUUCGAUGCCUGAUACGCCAGUGAAGCGUCACAGCUUCACCCACGCCCACGGAUCGGCUGGUCGCAUGUCCUUGUCCAACUCGCUGCCCGCCAUGCCCGCGCCGGCGGACAUGGGCUUGGGCUCGAGCAUGAUGCCUCCGCCGUCCGUCCGCAAGCCUCCCGCCCUUGUCGUUACCAUGACUUCGUCUCCCGGCGAUGCAACAGACACCGAUCAGUCCAGCCCGUCAAACCGUCUUGGCUCUUCGAAGAAGCCCACAUCUCUGAAGGAGAAGCGUGCAUCCCUCGGCCUGCUGCGGCGCGUAAGUGACGCAACUGAAGGUCUCAGCAGCGAGGAGGACUCGACGCCUACGAAGGGUACUGGAGGCCGCGGCAGCUUAGCUCGUAAGUUGUUCGCUUCACAGCGUGCGCUGACUUUAGCGAAUGAGAUGUCGCCUUCGCCUGCGCGAUUCUUACCGGCGUCUGUCCCCCGCGAUGCUGCGGUUAUCCCUCGCCUGUCGCUGCCCGAGUUCACAGGCUCGACUAAGGACCGCGCCGACCGUGCUCGACGCAUGCGACACCGCCAGUCUCACCCUGUCGCUUCGCCCAUUCUCCCCGUCGAGGAGGACAUCUUCGAGUCCCGCUUCGUGGUGAUGAACCCGCUCGGUAAAGGUGCCUUCUCGUCCGUACUUCAGGUGAAGGAGCGCUACGGCGACGGCGUCUUCGCCGUGAAGAAGACCCGUGGAGUGUUCGACGGCAUCAAGGAUCGCCUCCGCCACCUCGAGGAGGUCGACAUUCUCCGUCUCCUCUCCAAGAACCCCAACGACCACGUUAUCAAGUUUGAAGACGCCUGGGAGCAGAAUAGGCAACUGUAUAUCCAGACUGAAGCUUGCGUUGGGUCUCUGGCCGCCUUCCUCCAAGUCUACGGCCAUGAGAAUGAGCGUCUCGACGAGGGCCGUGUGUGGAAGAUGGUCCGUGAUCUGGCCGAUGGCUUGAACCAUCUGCACUCGAACGGUGUGAUCCACUUCGACAUCAAGCCCGACAACAUUCUCGUGGGCGCCGACCGCAGCCUGAAGAUUGCCGAUUUCGGUCUCGCUACGCGAUGGCCGCGUGUCUCGCCCGCGGAGAUCAUUGCCGGCUCUGGACUCGGCGGUUCGAUCGGCGACGGCCGGGAGGAGAAGCUCGAGCGCGAGGGCGACCGUGUCUACAUGCCGCCGGAGAUGCUUCGUGGUGUCUUUGUCAUGGCUGCCGACAUCUUCAGCUUUGGUCUCGUCAUCCUCGAGAGCGCCAUGAACAUUUACCUGCCGGAUGGUGGUGCUGGCUGGCACGCCCUGCGCGAGGACAACUUCUCCUGGCUUGACCUGUCCCCAUUGUCUUCUGCCCUUGUCGACCUCAUCACAAACUGUCUCAGCUCCAACCCCGACUCGCGACCGACCAUCCAGACGAUCAGCGAGCACCCGAUCGUGAAGCGCUCAUGGACUGGCGGCCCUGCGCUCGCUCCCGAGGACCCGCGCUGGCUGCACACCGUCCUUGCCGGAUACGCCGUACCCCCUACGCCCUUGCCCCGAACGAUUACCGAGUCAAUCGACGGCGAGGGCGACGUCGUCAUGGGCGAUGCCUAG